AUGCAUGGGAUUAUUUGGGAGUCUCGUUCGCGAGAAUCAUUUGAAAGUUCAUGGUAUGACUUCAUUGAAGAGUACACGCUUCAUGACAACAACUGGCUUAAUGAUAAAGAAAAUCAGGAGUUGGAAUGCGAUGCAGCAGACAAUAGGGACCUGAUCCCAUGUGUAUCGAACUAUCCUAUUGAGAAGCAGUUCCAAUAUGAGUACAACAACUGCAUAUUUCGCGAUGUUCAAGCCGAAUUUAUCAAAAAGUGCGACUGCAACCUGUCUCCAAGGAUAGUGAAGGACAACCAAUACUUCUAUGAAGUUAGGUGCAACUGCUUCAGGUUUGAGUCAUAUGGUAUCCUCUGUUACCACGUCUUAUCGGUUUUAUCCCAUUGUAGGGUUGAAAAGGUGAACUCGUCUUAUAUACUAUCUCGGUGGAGCAAGAAUGUUUAUUGUAAGCACACCCAUAUUAGUAGUUACGACUCACGGCGCUCUGAUGAAAGCAUGAAUAUAUUUAGGGGACUGUGUGUUGACUUCUAUAAUGUGGCCCAAGACUUUGUGCAUGACAAGGAGGAGUCUGAUAUAUUGCGUUCUGCUUUUGUGAGUGCUAUAGUGGCACUUAGCAAACAUCAGAAAAAACAUUCAGAAAGCAUACGCACAAGUGAGUAUCCUGAUGGAUUAAAUGCUUUGCAAAGCCCUCCUCAUGUGGUACCUAGGGGGCAUCCAAGCUUCAAGAGACUCAAAGCGGAUGUGGACCGAAAAAUUAAGAAUGGUACUAAGAAACGUCGAGCUAGUAGUAAACAUCCAAAGAAAGUUGCAGCUGUUGAAGGAGACAAACAUUUAAACAAGGCCACCGAGAGACACAUUACUGCUAGCAAACACCCUAAGAUGCAAGAUUUUGUUCCUAUUAAAGAAGAUUAUUUCACAGACAACACCUUGUCUUCUAUCCCUGAACAUUUUCAUCAUGCAACAAAUAUGCAAAUGGAUUCCCUAAGCUCGGUUGGAUUUACAAUAUUGUUGAAUUCAUUCCAGAACCCUUCUAUUCAUGCGUAUUCUUAUAGGAAUAAUGACUAA